AUGGACUUGCAGAGGAAUGGAAAAGCCAGCGUGGCGGUGGGGAGGUGGCCCAGUCUGCUCAGCCUCACCUGCCCCAGGAGCUCCGGCAGUGACCUGUCCCUGUCCAGCGGCUGCAGCGAGUACUCCUCUGGCUCUCACACCUGGGCUGAGGGCCGUGGAUUAUCCAAGCAGUGUGGUGGAGGUCGAGACAAGCGUAUGAGCAGUGGAUCCUUCUCCAGCAAUCACUCUGCUCCCAUUGAACCAACAGAGAUCGGCUGGAAAGAAGGCCACAUCCUAAAAGGACUGAAGCGUCUUCAAAUGUGUCCCAAAGAGGCUUCCUUACUUCCAUCCGCACCACAAUGCAAGGACUGUAUGACUUCAAACGAAGGGAUAUACUCUUUUGGGAUCAACGAAAGAUUGCAAAGUCUAAAACUACAGCGAGAGCAAGCCAGACGACUGCAGAUCGAACAGCAGUUUUCGAGCGCUUUCGGAGAGCCCGUGUCGGAGGAAGAGCCGGAGAGACAGAGCACAAUCACCACUAUUGAAGAGAAGGUUAUGAUCGGUAUUGAGGAAAAUCUGCACAAGUCGCAGGAGCAAGACAGGACGACGGAAGUGAAGCCCAAAUCAGGGUCAAGUUUGGCAAAUUGGUUUGGGUUUAGAAAGAGCAAAUUGCCGGCGCCGAGUAAAAAGACGGAUGCACCGAAAGUGAAGGAGGAAAAGAGAGAGCAGAAGAUCACGUCGCUGCUGGGAGGAAAACAGACCAAAGCUGAAAAGAAGAGAGAGAGGAGGAAAAGUGAAGGAAAAGAAAUCUCUGAUACAAGAAGAGAGCCCCAUGAUGCAGUGCGGUCUUGUAUCUCAAUGCCAUGUCCUGGAAUGUCCCUGACUGACCUACAAGGACACGCAGACGCCGCUGGAGACGCAAAGGUAAACGGACAGAGGAAUGUGCUGGUUAAAGCCCGCAGGAUUUGGGAAUUGAUUGGUAGUAAUUUCUAA